UGAGCGGAAGCAGUAGAAGGCGACGACGAAGAAGAAGUUGUGUCGAUGUUUUGGUGCUUGCUUCGUAAACUUACACAAGCAUCACUGACCAGCAAAAUAAAGUAGAAGUACAAUGACGCGCCAUGGAAAGAACUGUACGGCUGGAGCUGUCUACACGUACCACGAGAAAAGGAAAGACACAGCGGCGUCUGGUUACGGGACUCAGAGCAUUCGACUGGGCAAAGAUGCGAUCAAAGACUUUGACUGCUGCUGUCUGUCCCUGCAGCCCUGUCAGGAUCCUGUGAUGACUCCAGAUGGAUUCAUGUAUGAAAAACAGGCCAUUCUUGAAUACAUUUUGCACCAGAAGACAGAAACUGCCAAAAAGAUGAAGGCGUACGAGAAGCAGAAGCAGGCGCAGAAGAGCAGCAGCCAACUUGAGUCCAAGUCAGAAGAAAGAGAGAGAGUGGAGCGGUUUAAGACCAGAGAGAACAGCAUUGUGUCCAAACCCAUCAACCCAUUCACAUCUGGACUGAACAAAGGAGGUGAGAAGGGCAGGACAGACAGCAGCUCAGCAGAAUCCUCCACUGCUGGUCCAGCCGCCUCUUCCAGCCAGAGCCUGCCCAGUUUCUGGAUCCCCUCUCUGACACCAGUGUCCAAGCCCACCCUGCUCAAGAAGCCAAGUAAGGCUGUGUUGUGUCCCAUGUCAGGACGACCCAUUAAGAUGAAUGAGCUGAUCACAGUGCGCUUCACCCCUCUGGACUCCAGCCUGGAUCGAGUGGCCCUGCUCACCCACCAGGACAGGUAUGUAUGUGCAGUAACCAGAGACGUCCUAGGCAACAGUGUCCCCUGCGCUGUUCUGCGCCCCUCAGGGACGGUGGUGACUCUGGAGUGUGUGGAGAAGCUGAUCAAGAAGGACAUGAUUGAUCCUGUGUCCGGAGACAAGCUGUCCGACAGAGACAUCAUACCAAUGCAGAGGGGUGGAACCGGCUUCGCUGCGUCUGGAGUUGACCUCCGGGCCAAAGAGGCUCGUCCAGUGAUGCAAGUAUGAGACGGAGGACAGAGUGUCGACAGCUUUCACCCAUUUUAAUGGCCUUGGUUGUUGGCUGGCAUAUAUGUUUCUUCUGUAGGUAACUUUUUUCCAUCAUAGACUGUGAAAUUCCUUUCCCUCCUGAAUGUCAUUUGACCUUUUCAAAACAUAGAUUUUUCCUUCGAUAUCUGUGUCUGAAAGCCCGUUUACAGUAGCAGGUCCUUUACUGCUGUGUGCUGCUCACUAAUAAGAUCAGGAUGUACCGUUUAUGUCUUUGGUCUCCCAAGAUCAAAUAAGAUCUGAUCAGAUCUGAUAAGAUCAAAUGAUUCCAUUCAUAGAGCAGAGCUGGUCUUCACCAUUCAACCUGUCCCUUUUUAGCAGAAACACUGCAUAAACGAUAACGCUCUACAUGAGAGUAGAAUCAAAUGGAUCAUUGAUUUAUUGCUAUGUGCUCCAAAAGAUAAGUAAAGUCAAAUUAUAUUUCACGUUCAGAGCCACAGGAUUAGUUUCAUAGGAUGUGCAGCUGGUAAUUCUAAAGCUCCUCAAUGUUGCAUCCUGAUGACGAGAUACAUGUAACCGUUUGAGUUUGUUAAUGUCUGUGAUGGUCAGUUACUUACGGUUUUAGGCAUUAAACUGCACAUUACUUUAGUCAUUGUUUGUCUUUAUUGAUAUAUUUGAGACUUUUAAAUCAUUCGACACAAUGAUAUUGUUAUUUUGACAAAAGUUAAUAGAAUUGAUGUCAGCUGUUUAGGAUCAAUUCAAGAGAGUUUCAAGUUGUUUUCAUUAAACCAUAAACAUAUGGAAACCAAUGUUUUUAUUGUUUGUAGUUUCACAGAUAAAAUUCAGUGUCCAUAUCCGGUCGUAGUGUCUGAACAUGUACCGUAGCACGUUUACAGUGCCACUAGAAUGCAAGCUGCUCUUAUUGGUCAGUUCAUACUUGACUGCGCUGCGAGACGGGAUGUCCCCACUAUCAUUGUGAGCAAGAUAUAUUCAACAAAACACCGUGAAAAAGCUUUUUCCUCCUGUGCUGUGGUUCAUUUGUCACAGUUCAUCAUGUUCGUCCACCCUCAUCCCUCCGUAGUCGGUGAUGCUGCUGGUCAUGAUGUCGGCCAUCUUGUUGAGCAGCUCAGAAAAAGUCAGGCGGCCGUCCUGACAAGCAGAGGACAGGGAGGGAUAGAGAUAUGGAAAUAAAUACAUAUUUUAUUCUACAUUCAGCUAUUGGAGAGAGAGAUAUAAAACCUGAGAGGCUAGAGGAGCAAACCAGACUAGUUCCAACCGUAGUGUAUGGCUGAACCGUGUAGCAGAAAUGGAAUAUAAUAUUCAUAACUGUUUUCAUUAGUGUAAAAUGACUUAAAACUAGGAAUGUAUUUUUGUUAGCUUAGAGUGAGCCCUUCAUAUUUACCCAGGGAGCAGGUCCUCUUCAUGGCGUCAUGUUUCUACAGUAGAACAGCAAACCAAAUGGACUCUAGAGAGACUUUCACGUUUCUACGUCACCUGAAUGCACCGUAUUUCUCUCCCUGCUUGUGAAACUGUCCUAACAUGAGCCGCAGAGGGUAAAAAACACCAGCUGCCGUCUGAAUUUUGUGGGUUUUAUUCUUGACCUGAUAUAUUCUCAACCUGACAUGCAACAGAAAUUGCAUAACUAAUACAUUCAUUCAUAUCCGACAGUCACUUAUAUUCAUAGUUGUCUAGUACAUCUAGUGGGGACAUCCUCCAAUAAACACUGUAAAGAAAUAUUAUACAGAGCUGGAGUCUGGUGAACUAACUUGUUCACCAGACUUUAAUCUGAAAAUACUUGUCAGCUUCUCACCAGUCUGAAGCUACACAAGCUGAAGUCCAUCUAUCACAUGUAGCCUCUUCAUUUAGUUUCUAUGAAAACCUCUAAUUCUCAUUGUGGAAACGCUCCAAACAAAGGAAAGCUCUUUCACCUGCUGCUUUCAUAAGACACAUUUCAUCAAUAUUUCUUACCCAUGACAUUCAUCGAGGAAGCACACCACGAUGAACCAGUUUAAAGCAAGGCUGGAUUACCAACCUGGUUUGUGCUGCUUUACUGACGAUGUGUGAAUAUGCUCCAUUAAUCAGAUCAGAUACUGAUGCUGACACGGUGCUGAGGAGAUGCAAGAUUGUAUCAACUGACCUGAUAAGGGCCUUCAGGUGGGUCCUGCUUUAUUAGGUCAUCUGGCCAUAUAAUGCAAACAUUCAUGACCAAUAACAAGACACUGAGCUCACAUCACACCCUACACCUGCUGUGCUGUUACAGAGCAGCACAUAAACAUAUAAUAGAAAUCAAUCAAUAUAAAGUUAAAAACACACAAAAUCACAAUAAGCACAUUACUAACAAUACUUUUAAACAUCCUUCAGAUUGGUUGCCCAUAAAUUCGUUUGUGUCUUCUAUUUGACAUGAAAGCAAAUGGUGAAAACACUAUUAUGUUUCAUAAUUUUUACCCUGGUGUAAAAUAGUUUGCUUUAUUUUGAAGAAAGUACUCAAGUAGCCUAAAGCUAGUACGUUGGGAGUACAUUUGAUGACUGAAAUAAUGAGCAGAUAGAUGAUUAAUAUCUGAGCGUCGCCAACAAUCACAGUUUGACUGCUGUUUGGUCUCUGACAGAUGAAAGCUGGGUUUCAGUUGGGCUGGUCGAUUGUAACUGAGGAAAAGUUAAGUCUGAAAACUAGUCAGAAUAAGUGGGACAGGUAAAGACACAGCCUAAAUGAUGAGUUGGCAAAAGCCUGCCUGAAAACCCCUCCCUACUUCUGUACAUUCUUAUAUAGUUAUUUUGCUUUUUUUUAACUUAAUUUACUGAAUAUUCACUUCGUUCUGUCUGCUGUCUUUAAAUGUCUGCUUAAUUUUAUAACGCAAUCGUGGUUGUAAAUUGUUAUGUGUUGUUCGUGAUGCUCUAUAAAAAGUGGGACAGGUCAAUGUAAGAUGAUUUUACUCAUCCUCAAGAGUACUACUGACUGUGAAAAUCAUCGGUGGCUGAGAGAAUAGCGUGAUCUUGAAAGAAUAGAUGUCUAACAGAAAGCAUGCAUUCGAAUCUGGAGGUGUGGCAUCUGAAAAAUGUCUUCACCAUACAGGAAGGGGCCAAAGACGCUAUCAAACUGUAUUAUGGGAGCGUGCAAUCCAUGUUUCUGGAGCUUGACCUGUACCGGGGAGUAAACAUUAAGGUGGCUCAGCCUCUGCUGAACAUAAGCCUGAGGUACUAAAGUAACUACAUAAUAAUAAUAAUGAUAAUGGUCAGAUCAGGAAAAGUAUAUUUAGGUGGUUUUCUCAGCUGUUAACUCAAACAGGUCAUGUUGGACUUUUUAAGACUUAACCCUCUCUCAGGAGCUGCUGGCUCUGAAAGGAUUUCUUUUGACUGGACACUGGUGGAGCUGGAAGAGGACUUGAAAAUGUGUUGUGCUUUGGUAAAGGAAUCCGUACCUGUUAUGACACACAACCUGCUCAGUUAACUCAUUAAGUGGUAGUUUCCAAUACUGUAAAUAUCAUCAUAAUAAAAUGUACACAAAAUUACAAAUAAUCAAGAACAAGGUCAAAGCAAUACAUGAGAUUUGUAAAACAAAAACUGAUUGUUGUGUUUUAAAUGAAAUAUAAGUAUUCUUCUGGACCACUGA